AUGAGAGGACAAUACAUCGAGACCAUUUUACCAGAGCACAUUCCACUGGGGACCAUUUCGUCGGAGACUAUUUCACCAGGAACUAUUUUACCAGAGACUAUUUCGCCAGGAACUAUUUUGCCAGGAACUAUUUCACCAGGAACUAUUUCGCCGGAGACCAUUCCACCAGGAACACUGAAGCACAUUCCACCAGAGAAUGCUGCUUCUCAAGAUAAUAAAGCCUAUAUGAACUUUAUGCAAUGCAAAAGAAAAGUAACAUUUGAACUGGGAGAUAAAGUUGUGGUUGCACCUAAUUUUGAUAAUAACCAAAAAAUGCGAAAGCAUAAGUUGGAACAGACCUGUAGUAUUACUGAAAAGGUUGUCAGUGUGUGUAGUAAUAAUAGGACUGUUAGAGUUGAUGUGAAUGGCGAAAUAAAAAAUUUUGUUGCUAAAAAUUUGAAGAAGCUUCGUAAAUAG